AUGACGGGAAUAGCAGCCAUCAACAAAAAAAUACAUAAUAUGGCGGCUACCGUUGCGCAUGCGAACCCCCUGUCGAACCAGGUCGGCGGAGGCUUGUCCAAGAUGAUGGGCGGAGGCAGUAGCAGUAAUGGCCACACUCAGGUUCAGGCUCAGGCUCAGGCUCAGGCGCAACAACAAUCCGAUGCUGGAGCUGGACCUAUUACGAGCCGGAAGUUGACUCCUCAGGACUUUCGCGUUGUAAGAACGCUUGGAACUGGAACGUUUGCUCGGGUGUGUCUUGUGCGCCCGGCAAAUGCGACUGAAGAGGAGCGCGAUACCGUCUUCGCGCUGAAGAUAUUGCGGAAAACAGAGGUCAUCAAGCUGAAGCAGAUCGACCACGUCCGCCACGAACGUCUAAUUCUCGGCGAUGUUGCCGGCCACCCCUUCAUCACAAAUCUUAUUUCCUCCUUCGCCGACCGCGAUCACUUGUACAUGCUGCUAGACUACGUCCCCGGCGGCGAGCUUUUCAGCUACUUGCGCAAGUUCCGGCGCUUCGAGGAGGAGACGGCGCGCUUCUACGCUGCAGAGAUUGUUCUAGUACUGGAAUACCUUCACGAGCAACAAGGCCGUGUCGCGUAUCGUGACCUCAAGCCCGAAAACCUUCUCCUAGAUGGCGACGGUCAUAUCAAGUUGGUCGACUUUGGCUUCGCAAAGAGGCUGAGCAAUAGCUCAGGGCAGCCCAUUGAGACUUACACACUCUGCGGCACCCCCGAAUACCUCGCCCCGGAAGUGAUCCAUAACAAAGGUCACACGACGGCAGUGGACUGGUGGGCGCUGGGCAUUCUGAUAUACGAGUUCUUGACUGGAUACCCGCCAUUCUGGCACCAGAACCCAAUCGAGAUCUAUAAGCAGAUUGUCGAGAAGCCCGUCAUGUUCCCUCAUGACCCGCCAGUAUCAGCCGAAGCUCAAGAUCUGAUCAGAUCCUUCUGCACAGUAGACCGAUCCCGACGACUAGGCAACGUUAGCGGGGGAGCAGCCAAGGUCAAAGAACACCCCUUCUUCCGAGGGGUCAACUGGGACGACAUGUACCACCGACGAGUGCGAGGCCCCAUCAUCCCACCGAUUCGAUACCCCGGCGAUGCGCAAUGCUUCGACAUUUACCCCGAGGACGACGGCAAGAGGGAGCCAUACACAGAGGACAUGGUCCAGAAAUACGACCAGUACUUCAAGGACUUUUGA